UGUGACAAAGUUUGGCAUUUUAGAUAGUAUACGUUCUGUACACGGACAAGGCGUGCCACGGCCACGAUGGUCUCUCCAUCGAGGUCGUCCACCGAAGAGAUCGAGGCCCGUUUAGGCGCCCGGGAUUCGAUCAUGGAACCGUCAAUAUUCAGUACCCUCAAAGAUUUCCUUCAAGCUGGAGGCGAUCCCGAACGCGCUGUUGAGAUGCUUAUCGGCAACUAUCAUGCCGUAGCGCAGACAGCCAACCUUUUGGCGGAGUGGCUUAUUAUGUCCGGGAUGGAAAUCAAUCAAGUACAAUCACUGGUCGAGUCACAGUUAGAAAAUAUGUUGGUGCGUCACUUUGAGCCAUCUAAGGCAGACGCUGCUAUCUUUGGCGGCGAGGGUGAAACUCCAGCAUGGCUAGCACAGAUGAUUGAUCACCCCGCAUGGCGCAAGCUAAUAUAUAGGCUGGCCGAAGAAUAUCCGGACUGUCUUAUGCUUAAUUUCACUAUCAAACUCAUAUCGGACGCUGGUUUCCAGGCUGAGAUCACAUCAAUCUCUACAGCUUCUCAACAGCUCGAGGUGUUUUCAAGGGUCUUGAGAACAGCGCUAAGUGGCUGUCUUGAGAAGCCCCCAGAUGAAGAUCGAUUAAACGAGCUGGCAAAGCUGAUCGGCCAUGGGGAACACACCUAUCUGUAUGCUCAGUGCCUACUACAUGCACUAAGCCUUGAAGGUAUGUCUAGAGGAGGCGCGUCGGCCAAACGGCUCGCUCACGAGAUUCGGAAACGCAGUCGACCAACGCGCGACACCACACCUAUUGCAAUGACACUAAGCGGCGCCCUCAAGAAGCACCCUAAAGCGUGCCAAGCGAUGGCGGCAAUGUUGAGUAAAAAUGCUUUAAAUCCAGCCGACGUAACGAUACUGUACAAUCUCUAUAAAUCAAAUGAUCCACCACCUGUGGAUUUGAUACGUGAGCCAACGCUGUUGGAACUUUUACUUGAUACAUUGUUCAAGCCAGGCUCACGAAUCAAUCCAGACCACAAGCCAAAAUACAUCUUUUUGCUGGCAUAUGCCGCUAGCGUGUUUGAGCAGACGACAAAAAAAGGCCCUCGCCGAGCGCCCGUUCUCAACAAAGACGAGUUGUCGAGAACGCAGGAGUCCAUAGAACAGAUGUGCUCGAUUUGUGCAGAGCCUAAGAUCUGCGACCUGGCUACGCUUUACGACUGCGUCCAGUUACCUGUUAUGGCAUUGGCUGCGAUCCACUGGGCUCGGUAUGUCGUCAAUGAGGCCUCCUAUUUUAAACUAAACACGGAACACGUCCCUAUGCAUUUUGCGUUGUUGGAUGAGGUAGCUAUUUGUCAACCCACUCUGCAUGACCGUCUACUACGGCUCUACAGUGACUUGUUUGAAAAGCCGUUUGAUGCCGAGCUGGACGUGUUGGUUUUGAUCGAAAUUCGAAAAAUGUUACUCGAUCGUAUGAUUCAUCUGGUAUGCCGCGGGUGCGUACUUCCCGUAUUACGGUAUAUUACGGCUAGAUACCAACGGCAAGACACAGACAUCUCGCUAAUUCGAUAUUUUGUUACUGAGUUACUCGAUGUUAUUGGUCCACCAUAUACAGCUGAAUUUGUCGUUAACUUUCUGCCAUUGGUGCAGAACAAGGAAAUUACAGGUGAUUUACCUUCGAUGCAAGAAGGUCCCGACCUUGUGGCGCAGUUUAUCCAGCAUGCCGCUAAAGUUCAGGGCGCUCAUGGAAGAGACUCAUUCUAAGCAUUGGCUCACUUGUACAAUUCAUCAUUCCCAUUAUGCGUUGUAUGCAGUUCACCAGAUAUAGCUAGUUGACGUUUGUACAAAGAAGAAAUAGGAACAAAACAUUAGCUUUACAUAGCCGUUGGAACUUUUUUUGGAAUUUUGCUUUUCAUAAGUAUAGGCAGAAUCGGAUGAGUAAAUGCACUAAUCUAUUCUCUUCAUUGUGGUAUGCAGUUACUUUUCUGCAGACCAGGGAAAUAACGGAGUAGUUGAGGAAUUCAUCUAUUUCAUUAAUGGCAUUAGGUUCCCGAUAACGCAGUUAAUUAGUAUAUAUAUAUAUAUUACAGAUAUUAUCAUAGUUUUUAUGGUGAUAUGAUGAUGAUGGUUACUAUUAUCUUUAUGUAAAAUAGGUUAUGAAUAUAAUCUUUAAUGAGUAAUACAUAUAUGUAUAUAAGUGGUAAUAGUAAUAUAGUAUGGAAUCAAAUUAUAU